UGUACUUUCAACAAAGAAUUGUUAUUUUCAUGAAUUCUGUAUUUUGGAAAUUCGAAUACGUGCCAUGAAUAUCUGUAAAAUUCGGUUUACUCCUCGCAGGUAAAUGUAGCAGCAUUUUCUGUAGUGUAGUGGUUAUCACGUUUGUUCACACGCGAAAGGUCACUGGUUCGAAACCAGGCGGAAACAACGCUCAUCGACACAUUCAAGAAGUACCAUAGUGUUAACAAAGAAUUUCAUUAAUCCCUUAUUUUGGAAAUUCGAAUACGUGCCAUGAAUAUUUUUAAAAUUCGGUUUACUCCUUGCAGCUAAUUGUAGCAGUAGUUUCUGUGGUGUAGUGGUUAUCACGUUCGCUUCACACGCCCCUUUUUGGAGUUUCAGGAAGUGGAAGAGAAGCAGGCGUCUGAGUGCUUGAGAGAGAAUAUCGUUUUUUUUGGAGGUCUAGUUGACUUAUAAGUUUGAAAGUUUGUGAGUGACUGUAGUGAAGUUUCUGUGAAACGUUUUUGCUAUUGUCCCCCAUCAGCGUGAGCUGUUUGGGGGAUAUUGCUUAAAAUAACCGGACGGACAACAUGGCUUCGACAUCAAGAAUACAAACGACGACGAGAAAGGACAACAGUGAAAUCAGAAUGUUAAACGAAGAACUGAAAAAAGAACAUAUGAGAAGGAACUGACGGUGAACGUGGAAAUAAGUGGAGAAGGGAAAAUAACAACGAUGGAAUUGCUGAGAGGAAUAAAGGAAGUUUGCGGAACAAUACUGGGAUGUCGAAUGAAAGACGGGAAUAAGUACGAAGUAACAAUGUCUCAUGUAAAUGGAAAAGAAAGACUAAUAGACGGGCUAAAGAUAAAGAACUGUCAAAUCAUGGCUAAAGAACUAGGGAACGAUGAGCUGGUGGUGUCCUUUUUGAACUUGCCCGCAUACAUUACGGAUGAGGAGAUAGAAGAGAAACUAAAAGGCUGGAAGGUGAAGGCGACCACGCCAAUCAAGAGGAGGAUGUGGCCAGGAACGGACAUUGUAGAUGGGACAAGAUUUUGCAAGCUUGACAAUCCAAGUGACGACCCUUUCCAGGGAACUGAACGACAAGGAAGAGGUGGCGCAACAAUGGGCCCCUAUCAGGCUCUGAAAGAGGACUAUAAACAAUCUGGAUACGACAUGGGCCACCUGUUCCCCGUGUCGCACGCACACACGCAGGAAACCGCUGAUGCCACCUUCACCCUCACCAACGUGGUGCCCCAGGACAGGUGUCUGAACGAAAUCUGGUGGAGGGAUCUGGAAGGCAAAAUCAUAAAACAUUUAGACAAUAAUCUAAAGCAAAGAUUUUCAGAAGCCUACGUGGUUACCGGGGCUGUGCCGGGCAGGUCUACGAUCAGUAAUACCGUGAACGUGAACGUGCCUGGGUAUCUUUGGACAGCUUUUUGCUGCUAUAAUUUUAAGACCAAGCAAGGGGUGUCGAAGGCUCACAUCGCUCCAAACGACCGCAGUCAGCGUGUCAUUGAUUGGAAGGUGGCAGAUUUAGAAACAUUUCUGUCUGGGACUGAUGGCUAUACUCAACCGUUCAGCAUCUUUCAGGGAAAAUGUAAUUCUGACUAUAACCAAUAUAUCUAUGAACAUGAUUAGAAUCCACCCAGAGCAGAGAGACGAGGUGCUGGCAGGGCUUUGGGAUUAUGAGACUGGGCUGCAGAUUAACUAAUUAAAUCUCUCAGUGCUUUGGGAUUAUUGCGCUGCAGAUAACAUGCAUUGAUAAAUGUUUUACAACUUGGGAUAUUUUGAAUAGAAAUUCAUUAACGAGGCAAGAACUGACCUGUCCACUUUAGAUUAGAUUAGAUCCAUAACAGGUUAAUCUAGUUAUAUAGUUAUCCAGAACAGAUUAAUCUAGUUAUAUAGUUAUCCAUAACAGGUUAAUCUAGUUAUAUAGUUAUCCAUAACAGGUUAAUCUAGUUAUAUAGUUAUCCAGAACAGGUUAAUCUAGUUAUAUAGUUAUCCAUAACAGGUUAAUCUAGUUAUAUAGUUAUCCAUAACAGGUUAAUCUAGUUAUAUAGUUAUCCAGAACAGGUUAAUCUAGUUAUAUAGUUAUCCAGAACAGGUUAAUCUAGUUAUAUAGUUAUCCAGAACAGGUUAAUCUAGUUAUAUAGUUAUCCAUAACAGGUUAAUCUAGUUAUAUAGUUAUCCAGAACAGGUUAAUCUAGUUAUAUAGUUAUCCAUAACAGGUUAAUCUAGUUAUAUAGUUAUCCAUAACAGGUUAAUCUAGUUAUAUAGUUAUCCAGAACAGAUUAAUCUAGUUAUAUAGUUAUCCAGAACAGGUUAAUCUAGUUAUAUAGUUAUCCAUAACAGGUUAAUCUAGUUAUAUAGUUAUCCAGAACAGGUUAAUCUAGUUAUAUAGUUAUCCAUAACAGGUUAAUCUAGUUAUAUAGUUAUCCAGAACAGGUUAAUCUAGUUAUAUAGUUAUCCAGAACAGGUUAAUCUAGUUAUAUACUGCAAACACACAAGAAAUCACUGCUGUUAAAUUCCUCUGAAUAAUAAAAAAAGCUUUGAAGCAUUCA